GUAUCAUUCACUUCGGCCGCCGAAACGAUGGAAAAAAUAAACCGAUGGUGUAGUGACGCUACAAAUCAGAUGAUACCAGAUUUUAUUUCUUCUACAAACGAUAUCGAUCCAAGUACCCGUUGUUCAGAUUUCAUUUGCCGUCGGGCAAUUUGCUUCACGACCAUUGCGCGUGAGUACAGACGUGAUGAGGAUUCGCGCAUAACCUCAUUCCGUACAGAUUUAAGCAAGUUCAAUCCCAGUCGUACGAAAUGUCAAGAUUUUCAUGUUGAUGGACAUACAACGUUUCAAUUGCCUAUGAUGUCUCAAGAUAUUUCCGCCGUUUUCUGCGAAUCCUCAGAGCUGGGUAUUCGAUUGCUGAAAUUGAAUCUGACUGUGAGUGGUGCAGGUUUACUUUGA